AUGCCAUGCGCAGGAAUUCAACAACCUGACGGCCCAAUACCCGACGGCAACACAUUCACCAAAAACCAAACAAUCAAUGUUAUGUGGCGAAUUCGAGCUGCGCAUCAAGGCGGCACUUGUUUUGUAGAAUUGCUGCAAGACGGACGAAAGUCGGCCGAGCCGCUGACGUUGAUAGAAUUUACUGAUUGUGCGGUGGAUGUUUUACAUGACUAUACGGGUGGUGUGCAGCUGCCCGAAAAUUAUAUUUGCGACUCGUGUAUUUUGAGGUGGAGAUGGGAAGCUGGUGACUCGACUACUUUUAUUAGUUGUGCUGAUAUUAAAAUCGUUGAUCCGAAUGCGCCACCGGUGACGAAUAGUUCCGUUUCUACUACAACGAGCACUAAUUCGACAAAUUCUCCAACAAAUACUGUUACAACGAACACUAAUUCGACAAAUUCUCCUCCAACAAAUACUUCUUCAAAUAGUAGGAAUGGCAAUAAACUUGGAAGACCAAAAUUCAAGAGAUCAUAUUAUCGUUUUUAA